AUGGCCACUCCCAGCACCACCUCCGCUAUCCCCAUGAAGAACAACGUCGCCUACAACAGCGACUCAGACUCCGAUGGCCAGGCCCGAGGUGGUCGCCGCCCUGCCGGCCCGCUCUCCCAGACUCUGCCCCAGCUGCCCACAUCGGGCGGUCUUGCCCAGCCUGCCGGCCAACUUCUAAGGGGCGCCACCGAUGAGCAGGGCAACCAGAAAUCCCCUGCCCUUUUGGUCGGCAUCAAGCUCGACCUGGAGGCCGAGGUUCACUUGACUGCCCGGGUCCGUGGUGACAUCUGCAUCGGUCUGUACUAG